AUGACAAGAAGCUCUGUUCUAAGUUGGAUUAUUCCUGUUACGACAUGGAUCGUAGUUAUCAUGGUCAGUGCAUUUGCAGGAAAGGCAAAUGCAAAGUUAAGUGCACAAUACGAUCAAGCAAUGAGUCUCUUGAAUGGUGACCUUAUUAAUGCUCUGGUAGCUGAGCCUAUGUUCGACGGUACGAAUAUUGAUGAUAAUUUGUAUAUUCCUCAAUAUAGCGACACACUCCAAGACUACGUGUCCCCAGCACAUUCUGCUAAGAUAAAGAAUGAAUUAGUACGACAAAAUGGGAUAUCCUUACUAGAACAAGCGGCCGCGUAUAAUGAUAUACGCGCAGCACUUGUGUUGGCUGAUAUCUAUAUGUUUGGUAAUUUUUCAGUGCCGACGAACUAUACGAAAGCUGUCGAGUAUUAUCAUCGAGUAGUUGAAAUUGAAGGGAAUGGUCAUGCUUAUUUCAUGCUUGGAAUUGCUUAUUCAACUGGUUUAUUUGGUGAAGUGGAAGAGGAUCAAGCUAGGGCGAAUGUAUAUUACCAAUUUGCAAUGGAGAAUGGCAGUAUUAAUGCGAUAAUUGCUCUAGCUUUUAGAAACCUCAAAGGUAUUGGAACAGUCAUGAAUAAAGACCUUGCGCUAUUCUACUAUUCCAGAGUGGCUCAGUUAGGAAUGGAGUUCAUCGAGAGUGAAAGAGAAGGAGAUAGAGAGGAUGACACUUUACUGUAUAAUAUAAGAUUAGUUGAUUUUAAUGGAGGGAUUUAUGGAAAUAAAAUAAGUGAAAGCUCAAGCUCAAUAUUUUCAAGUACAAAAAGCUAUCGGUCGUCCAGGUCUACCUUUAAUGAGUUUGUAAUAGACGCUGAAGAUCAUGAAUAUGUUGACUAUUAUUAUAAAGCAUUAGAAUAUUAUGAUGGCGACUACUUUGUACCUAAAAAUAGGACUAAAGCAUUUGAAAUUGUAAGCGAGUGCGUUGACUUAGGUCAGGUCAUGUAUGGCUCAAGAGAAUUUAGAGGGGUCAAUGAUCUCGAUCGAGUCUUUUUGAGUCGAUGUCAAGCAUUAUUGGGGCAUAUGUAUUUAAAGGGUUUCGGGACAGAAAAAAAUUAUAAAUUAGCACACUACUGGCUUCAAAUAUCUAGCAAGGUAGGUAACCUAUCUGAGGCAUUUAAUGACCUUGGUUUGAUGUAUCAGUACAACCUUUUACCUGAACUUGGUGCUGAUACGAACACAUCUAUAAGUUAUUAUAAGAAAGCUAUUAAUAUUUUCGAAUAUUGCCACGAAGCAAGAUUAAACCUUGCCAAGCUUUUGUUGCAAGAGAACUCAAACGACAUUCUUUCGAGUCCAUUUAAAAAAGAGAUAUUUCAGAAUAUCGAAGAGGCGGUCUAUAGUGGAAGUACUGAGGCUCUCUUUCUUUACGGGGAAUUUUUACAAAUGGGGCUAUCAUCUCUCUCAGCUACUAAGAAAACUACAUCAGCUGUAGUGUAUUACAAGAUAUUUGUAGAAAGGUUGGAGAAAUAUUACUUUCCUCAGUUAAGAUAUGCAUUUGAGGAGCUCAGAUAUGGGAAUUUCAAAAAUUCUUUACUCGGUUAUCUGAUCGCUGCUGAACAGGGCCUUGAAAAUGCUCAAGUUUCGGCAUCCUAUUUACUUUACCAACUUCAGCCACUUUAUCUGAGGAAAAAUCGUAAAUCUUUUACCAAUUCCAGAGUGCGUUCAGCAAUAAGAUAUCUAGAGCAAGCAUCAUCUCAAAACAACAUUGAUUCCACGAUCUUAUUAGGUGAUAUCUAUCUUAAUGGAAUUGAAGAGGCGGAAAUCGCAGUCGACUAUAGCAAUGCAUUUGCUUAUUAUAAUAAAGCUGCCCAAUAUCAUUCGUCUCAUGCCUGCUACAAUUUGGCAUAUAUGUAUGAGUGUGGACUAGUCCCCCUCAAUAAUUCAUUGGACUAUUUCAUGGCUAAAAGAUAUUAUGAUAAAAGCCUUCAGUAUAGGGAGGAACAUGAGUAUCAAACUAAGUCUGUUCUCAAUAAAGUGGCAAUCCAUUGGGCCCUAUUACGCUUAAGACUUAAAUACUUGUUCUUCAAGAAUAAGUUUAAAAAUCAAUCAAUAUAUGAUGGAGCAACAGGUUGGUUGAAUACCAUGAAAAAAAUUGGAGACGAUGAAAAAAUACAAGAUCAGACAGCGAAUUCAAAAAACAAUAGAGCUAACUCUAGAGCAUCAUCACACCAUGAGGGAAAUUCCUAUUUAGUCGAAGAGGAGUAUGACAUUGGAGAUUACCUUGUGAUAUUUCUUACUUUAUUGUUCUUCAUAAUCUUCUUUGUUCAAAAUUUUUUGAGACAAGUAAGACGAAUGAGAAACAACCAACGAGGCGAUGGACAAGAUCAACAGGAGGGCCAGCCAGAAAAUGGAUGGAACAGAGGUCAAUUUAAUUUCAGAGGCGGCAAUGUAGAGUUCCAUUUUUUUGCAAUCUAG